AUGAGAAGCGUUGCCUACACCGCAACGACUCUCCCUACCACGAGUUCAGCUCGGAACUUGGAUUUCAAAACCGAAUAUCACCCCGACAGCAAGCGUUCCACGAAAAUCGAGGCAUGGGAUAAGUUUCGUAACGCUUCGCAUCCGCCCCCGGCACUCAAAAACGACGCACUGGACCCUUGGGAGCCGUUCAAGUCAAAGGGCGACUGUGAGUUCGCCUCUAUUGCAAUCGACGCCAAGCUCACACAGGCCAACGUUGAGCGCCUUCUGGCGCUCAUUGGUAAGGUGGCCAAAGGGAAUGCCGACGUGACAUUCAAGAAUGACGCCGAGCUGCGUAAGACUUGCGACCAAGCAGCCUUGGAGCUCACCCCUAUUACGGUGGACUGGAAGAAACAGAAGAUCCCCAUCGAAGUCCACAAGCGAGACCUCUUGGAAUGGGCCAAAGAACUCUUGGGGAACAAGUCCCUCGCCCCACACUUCGAAUGGGACGCUCAAAGAGUCUACAGACGAGAUGAGGACUCAGGACGGUUUGUCCGCAUGUACGACGAACCAUGGACAGCCGAUAGGUGGUGGAAUAUACAAACUAAACUACCUAAUACUCACACCAGUGCAACCCCCGCACCGUUCUCGAUCCUUCUCUACGCAGACAAAACACGCCUUUCGUCAUUCGGAACCAUUCAAGGAUACCCGGUAAUUGCUAGAUGCAUGAACCUACCUACUCAGAUUCGCAAUGGAAACGGCAUCGGAGGUGCACGCGUCGUUGGCUGGCUCCCUGUCCUCGGCGACGAUCCCGAGAAAGAAGGGAAACUGUCAUACACCAACUUCAAACACGUGGUCUGGCAUAAGUCAUUCAAGACGUUCAUAGAAGACAUUGGAAUGUAUUUGAAUGCCGGGAUGGUGCAUGACUGUUACGACGGUCAAAAACGUAUUCUGUUCCCGGCCAUAUUUGUACUCUCCGCCAAUUAUGAGGAGCAGUGCAUGAUGGCAUUGAUACGCGGGCCUAAAUGCAAAUGCCCAUGUCCUAUCUGCCUCUCUCCGAAGGAGAAGCUACGAGACUUUUGCACAAAAUAUAAGCGCUGUACAUCGGAGCAGGGGCGCGAGUUAUACGAGAAGUACAAGACUCAUAAGGGCCUUGGUAAUGACGCUAUGAAGGAGGUUGGUUUGCGACCAGCUGAGAAUGUAUUCUGGGAUAUUCAGUACUCGGAUCCUCAUGACGCGCUCUUGUUCGACCGCUUGCAUUUCAAUCAUGGCGGCCUAUUCAGCCGACACCUACUCCCGGAACUUCAGAAAAUCAUCAAGCACGUCAGUAGCAAGCUUGAAGGAACAAUGGGAAAAUUCGAUGAGCAAAUCAGGUUUGAUAAAAUGCCGAGGUGGCGAGACCUCAAUCAUUUCGCUCACGCAGUCAACACUUCUUUUUCUGACGGUAAUAAAUUUCACGAUAUGUCAAAGCAAAUACUCUUCGCGGCGCAGAACCUCCUCACGCCAAGAACAUCGCCCGAGGGCUACGCUUUGCUUCUGGUGAUCAGAAGUUAUCUUGAGCUCAAUUGCUAUAUUGGUCUUGACGUCCAUACGGAUGAUACAAUUGCAGCCGGCGAGGCAGAGCUCAAUUGGUUCAGCAAUUUGCUUGAUGACUAUAUAGAGCUUGCCAAAAUCUCGCAGGUACCCGACAUAAAAGUUGACUGGGACUUUCCAAAAGCACAUUAUCUUAAACACGCUUUCGAGGAUAUUCGUAAUAAGGGCGCCAGUCGGAACUAUAGCACGCGGCCAAAUGAGGGGGUACACACUCUCCUCAAAGCAGCAUACGGUCAUACAAAUGGAAAGGAGAUCGCAGAACAAAUUCUACGGAUAGAUCAGCACCGGCUGGCUAUCAACCUGAUCUUCAGCCGCAUAGCAGAGCAUGAAGCUGCUCUUUCUGCUCAAGACGAGUCCGCAGACAGCGACACUGCUGUUGAGUAUAGUUCUUUUAGAUCCUCCUCCGAGAAGUUCUAUGUCGGAUCGUCUCAGCCCAUCACCACCAUUGCAAACCUUCAAAGCGAGCACCCUCAGGAACCAGCAUUUCGGGAUCUCCAUAACGUACUUGAAAAGUUCGUCAACGAGACGCUACCAAACCUCGAAGGAAUGGAGGAGUACAAGACUCAACUGAUCUCAUGGCAGAGACUCGGUCGCAGCUAUCAGGAGUUCCGCUUCGUCAAGGUCAACUACGAGUCUAGAGAGAGCUGGCUACAGACGACCGACUAUCUACACUGCCACCCCAACUUUCACCACCAUCCGCGUUACGAUUGUGCCUUAGUUCAAAUUUCCGACACCGAAGAGGCCUUCGUGCGUCUGAUCUUUGUUUUUCAGAUGGACGUUGCAGGCGUCAACGAACCUCUCUCGUUGGCACUUGUCCAGCCCUACACGGCAGGCCUGCCGGGGCUGACGAGGAGGGUGGACAAAGACCUCGGUCUCAUCCGCGUCAAGGCUACGCCUCGGGCUUCUUCCAUCAUCAUCCCGCUCGGUUCUAUUAUCCGGGGGGCUCUACUUGCUCCUGACUUCGGCUCGACAGACUGUUCUGAGUUUUUUGUUAUGGCCCACAUCGACGGAGAUAUGUUCCUUCGAAUGAAGGAGUGGUCUCGUUGA